CCAGUCUGUGACCGUUUGCAUCGAGUAGUUGCAACAAUUUGCAACAAACAUCAUAAAAACAAUGUUGCCAGCGUUGCAGCCGGCGCCCACAGCGGAGGAACUGGCGUUGAAGGAACAAGUGACUCAGGUGUUGACAAGUCAAGGUGUGCUAGCCAAGUUGAGGGCAGAACUUCGUGCCGCGGUCUUUGAGGUUAUGCAUGAACGCGAAGGGUUCGUGAAAACAAACGAAGCUCCAAAAUUGAGCGACUUCCCAAUGGAGAUCAGAACAACUGCGUUGUCUCUGAUUGUCGACUGUAUGCGGUUUUUCCAUUGGGAGCAUGCGUUACGGGUGCUGCUUGCAGAGACCAACGCAAAAGAUGAACCGACAGAUAGCUCUUUGCUGGCUAAGAAGCUUGGACUGACAAGCUCAAGUUCCUCGAAUAAGCCGACACUUUUCCAGCUCAUCGAGUCCACGGUGGGAAAUGCAGACCAGAGUGCGAUGCCUGCUAGAACACCGACAACUACGCAGCGUAAUGACUUCGAUGCAGAAGAUGAAGACGAAGUACGUCAACCACCCAAUGCGCCGGAGUCAAAAGCACAACCUUGGAAGCAACAUGUGGAGGUUGUUCAGCAACCGCCUUUAAAAGCGAUCGAAACUUCAAAAGCAGCAAUCAAGGAUGAAGCCAAGAAUAUAGAUGCUGAAAGCAGUGCAGAAAUCGAAGAGAGUAUGGCGGAAGAGGUCCCUAGUGGAUCAGAACUGGAAGAGUCAAACUGUACAAACUAUGAAGAUGAGAGAAGCCAAGAAGAAAGUUAUGUGGGCAACAAACAAUCCACCAUUUUCAACUCGAGGCGACUGGAUAAGGAAGAUGAAGACAACAAUAAAGUUCUGGAAAGUAGCCACGAAAAGGAAAAUGGCGAAAGUGAUGACGACAACGCAAUGUCGUUGCAAGCGCCACCUCCGGCACCGGCAAGACUGCCAGCUUUACCACCGUUGGUUGCUUCGCCAAAUAUUGCUUUCUCUGGGGAUGCAGAUGAUGACUUUGAUGCCGAGGAGGAGGCAGAGCGUUUAAGAAAGCUGGAUGCUGCGCUGCAAGCCAUGGAGGCUGAGGAUGAUACAGGGACACUUCAGCAACUGAAAGCAUCGUUGCAAAUAGAGUUGCAAGAGCAAGAUAGCUUCGUGAGCAGUGGUGGGCUUGCUCAAGUGGAAGAGAGUGAUGGAGAUGGCAAAGAAGAUGAAGCGGAAGCCAGCAAGGGUACGAAGGAGGAAGAUGAUGAUGGAUACGGCAGCAGUGACUUCGAGGAGGAAGAAGAAAUUGCCAGCGAAAUUUCCGAGGAAAUGGAGUCCGUGCCUGAUCUUUCAGACAAGGAGGACGAAAGUGAAGACGGAGCGGCUGUGGCAGCAUCAGAAGCCGAUCCACCAUGCGUGCUACAAAAUGACACCCGGGUGGACAGUGAAGAUGCGUUGAACAGCUACGACUACAUUGAAGAUGUUGAGAAACGUGGAUGGUAAAACGUCCAGAGAUAAGCAGAGUGAAGCAUUGAGUAAAAUUGGCACGUCUGCACAGUAUUACGUACCAAGUAGUAUAUUCUAGUGGGCCAUUACGUUGCGCUAACAAGUACGCGCACGUAAAUUACUUGCGCUUUCCUGAUCCGAUCAGCUUGUUCAGCAGGUUUUGGUCAUCAAAAGCCUCGGGGUGGAUGAAGUAGUGACGGCCACGAGCUUGGAACGAGAUCAUCGGGUGCAUCGCUUGGGUAGGUGGCGACACCUCAGACAGUCGAAACGAGUGUUGCUCCAGCUGCGCGAACAACGUCACGGUCUCCACCGUCACAGUCGCGUCAUCGUUCGUAUCCGCAGUGGGAGCUUGGGAAGCAUCCGUCAGCCACAUCCGCAUCACGUACGGCUUGAACAGGUAGUGGAAGAGCGAGGUCGAGCCAAAACCGAACAACAUGAUGGUGCCGCACAUUGCCCACUAGAUAGGAUCAUGCCAUCAACAAUAACAUAAGCGGCAUCAGUACUCUAGCACUUAACAGAUAUUGUCUAAUAUCCAUUUCGUAUAAAC